CACACACACACACACACACACACACACACACACACACGGUGGCAUGUCGGACACCUGCCUGUCCCGGGACAGGUGAGCCGCCAGGGGCCAACCCGCGGCUGCAUGGCUAGCUGGCUAAGCUAACGGCUAAGCUAGCCGGCAGCAGGCGGAGGCUGUGUGUUAGCAUCCAGCUGCUGGUGUGUCCGUGCUGUCUCACACCUGGCGGCAGGUCAGACAGCUGUGAUUGGACGGUCCGCCGUGGCUCAUUAGGAUGCGAGCGGUGGGCGGAGAGCAGGAACCUGCAGCGUUCGAGCGCACGGUGCUGAGGAACGCCUCGCCCUACCACUACCUCAAGGUUUACCUGCAGCUGGAGAGCGCCACCACCAGGCUGUGUGCUGUGGAGCUGAAGCAGCUCAUCGUGUCCGGCCUCAGCAGCCUGUUUGGAGAGGUGGGAGCAGCGCUGCCGUUCGACCUGCUGAAGUACGAUGAGGAGGCUCUGACGGGGAUCCUGCGUGUUCACAGCAGGGGCUUGGUGAAGCUGUGGAGCUCCCUGACUCUGCUGGGUUCCUAUCAGAACGAGGCCUGUGCCUUCAGAGUUCUGCAGGUGUCUCCGUUCCUGUUGGCGCUGUCGGGGAACAGCCGAGACCUGCAGCUGGACUGAGGACAGAACAUGAGCUUCGUGUGGAGGAGCGUGUUCUGGAAGUCGUGGCUGUCUUCGUCCGCCUCGGCCGUCAGAGC